CAGAGGCCAGUCCAAGCCGGGUCCGAACGCCACCACAGCCGCAGGGGCAGCCGGCGUCCCUCAGCCCGCCGCGUCCCGCCGCCGGCAUGAGGCGGGCCGGGCCCUGGUGCCUGCUCCUGGCCGCGGCCUGCGCCCUGGGCCGGACCCCACCGCCCCCGCGGGGCGCCGUGCGCUGCCUGUCCGCCGGCGCCUGCUUCAGCGCCCACCUCGCCAACGUCUCGUACGCCGAGGCCCGCGGCGCCUGCGACCAGCGGCGGGGCAGCCUCGCCUGGGUCAGCAGCGAGCCGGAGCUGCGCCUGCUGCUGGACCUGCUGGCAGAGGCGGUGAUGCCCGCGCCCGCGUUCUUCUGGGUCGGGCUGAAGAGGAACGCCUCCGCCUGCACCCACAACGAGCAGCCGCUCCGCGGCUUCUCCUGGGAGGCCGUCGGGGGUGGGACGGCCCCGCAGGAGGUGCCGGCGGCGCUCGACCGGUGGCUGCAGGAGCCCCUGCGGUCCUGCCUCACCGCCCGCUGCGCUGGGCUGCACCUGGCGGCUGACCCCCCUUGGGGCUGGAAGGAGCGAGUCUGCCGGCUGAAAAGCCCAGGCUACCUCUGCAAGUACCAGUACGAGGGCGCCUGCCCCGACCUCAGUCCCGCGGGCGCCCUCGACCUCGACUACCGGCUCCCCUUCGAGGAGCGCAGCGGCGGCCCCGGCUUCAGCCCGCCGGGCACCGUGCUGACAGUGGCGUGUCCCGGCGGGGAGGUGCGGCUCACCUGCCAGCCCGAGCCGGGCGGUUUCGCCUGGAAGGCGGCAGAGAAGCCCCUCUGCCCCUGCCCCUUCGGCCGCAGGAGCCCCCACAGCGGGCGGUGCGCCGAGGCCGCCGGGUGCCGCGAUGCAGCCGGCAGUUUCGCCUGUGCCUGCAUCCCGGGCGGUCCGGAUGGAACUCCCUGCCCGGGCACGGGGCCGGCCCCCACCGCUACAGGUGGCCCCACGGAACCGUCGGGCGCCAGGGCGGAGGGGCGGCGUCCUUCCAUCCCGACACCCGGCCGCUCCACGGAGCCGCCCGCCAACGCCACGGCCGCCGUCGGCGGAGAGAAGACGGCUGCUCCGCCGCCCUCCUCCUCCUCCUCCUCUUCCAACUACGUUUUCAUCCUGGUGGCAGUCGCUGUGGUGGUGCUGAUCAUCCUGGUCAUGACCGUCCUGGGGGUGUUCAAAAUCUGCUUUAACAAGAAGUCCGAGGGCCGAGGCGACAAGGAGCCGCCGGAGGCCGGCAGCAAGGCGGAGGCAGGCUCGGCGGAGCCCGGCGGAGCAGCGGGGCGUGAAUAGCCCCGGACCGCCGAGGCCGCGUCCCUCGGGGCUGCCCCGAGCGGCAGCUGACCCCCGGGCCAGCGCUCGGCUCCCCGCGUCCCUCCUGCCCCCAGCCCUGCUGCCGCGGGGAGCCGAGGGAGAGGCGCCGCGGGACUUCCCUGGG